AUGGAACCCUCUGUUACGUCUCCUGGAACUCCCCCUUUUCAGUCUGGAUCUACUGUUACCCCGGACGCUGUUCAAAUUCGUCAAGCUUACAAGAAAGAACCCGAAAGCACAAACAUGAAGUUCGUUUUUCGGCCAGACGCAUCUUCUUUUACUCCUUCUUCCUCUGUUCACCCGUAUACUAGAACCUCCAAACGAUCUCUUCCCAGGAAAAAGGGUUUUCCAUCAUAUCAAGCCCUGACUCAAGUCUCUGAGGAGGGGAACUGCAAACACACACCUGCUGGUCGUGAAAUCAUUGGUCAUGCAAAUGACGCCAACCAACAUGCGGCAGCUUCUUUAAGAGCUUUGUUGAUGGGUGAAGAGAACAAGGAAGAAGUCGCCACUGAACCAAGUUCCCAGCUUCACACUCAACUAAAUGUGGAAAGUCCAUCUGAUGACUGUAUUAGACUUGUCCCCUCAGUCAAUGCUGUAUCUCAUCCCACUCAAGACGGUGAUUUACUCAAUCGUGCUUUCCAACAAGAAUACUCCCAAGACUGGAGGUUUAGAGAUAUUUCAAGGAUUCCAGAUUCUGAUCAAGAGGAGAUAUGGAAGGAACAGAACAAUCAUCUUCUCCUAGGAAACGAAAACGAUACAACUCCGUCUCAGCUCAAUCCUGUUCAGCAGGAAAUCGAUCUUCCUCCUUGCAAACUUUUCAGGGAUUCGUCCGUCUCUUCUCAUACCGCUUCUCAAGCGGAUAGUUCCCAGUAUACUGGAGUGUCUCAUAGCCGCUCCGAGCGUCUUACUCUUCAUGGUCUCGGCGAAGGAAGAUCUAGGAAUGAAUACGGUCGAAACCUCAAUCAAGGCCAAGAACACGGUCAUGGGGUGAUUGGAAACGCAACACCGAUCACUGAUGGUGCUCCGACCACAGUCGUGGUCAGUGAAGCCGGAUGCGAUAUUCCCAUGAUUCGAGAACCGUGGACCACUCAAGCCCAAUUGCCAAGAGAAGGAAGAGAGGAUAUUAUAACGAAUAUAGGUGGCCAUAAGAUCUCAUUUGAUCCGGAUCUUCCUCCUUUGGCAAUUGAGCAUCCUGCUAGAGUAUGGAAUUCAAUGAUUCAUUCUCUCAGCUCUGAGCUUCAGCCUGUAAUCAAAUGGGAUUAUGAAAAGAUACUUCCUCAACAACAAGGAGACGAUACCUUUUGGCUUGCCCAACUCACUCUGGUCCUUCCGCCUUCUCAUCCUAGCAUAGCAGAACAUUCCUUGUUCCCGACUUUGCCUAAAAAUCGAUAUAAGAAGGAAUACGUUGCGUCCGUGGAAUCUUUGGGAGGUAUCAAACGCUGGGUGGGUGAGCCCAAGAAGCUCAAAGCUGACGCCCAGAACACCACUUUGGUAAAGUGUAUUUCCGAAAAUGCUCUUGCUUGGGUCUUAGCGCCUAAUGGUAUCAGGAUCGCUGCCGAGAGCGAUGAUGACGAUGAGAACGAUCUUGCGCCUCCUUUCAUACAAGGAGCUGCUUCGACAAGUGAGACUGCAGCUGUCGAUAUUCAGCACCAUCCCUCAAGUAAUGGAAUCAACCACAUUCACCCAAGUCUUCGAACAACCGUAAAGCUGCCCCCUUCUCAGCCACUCGCGAAUUACUCCGUACCACCUGAGAAGAGUGACUUGACCCAAUGUCAAGACAGUGAAGAAAUAAAGAUCGAUGAGGUAGACCUUGAUAUACACUCCGUUGUUGCUUCUCAGACACCUUUGGUGACUCCCCGCCUUCAAGAGACCGUUGCACGAGAUGGAAGAUUCAACCCUUUCCAGCGAUUCAUGGAUUUUCUUCAUAUGACUUUGGGUCCUGGAGGGAUCUGUCUUCACAAUCCCGUUUCUUUCUCUUCCCACUGGGAGCCUUUCACAAACAAAUUUGGUUGUACACUUACUGUCGGUACUUCCGUAAAUAAUAAAGUUUACCAAGAACAAGCGAUAUAUAAUUAUGCCGAUGAAGCUCAGAACGCCGUCUGUAAGAAGGCGUUGGAUUUGAAUGUCGAAGGAUUUAUGAACUGGCUCAAAGAAAGUCUUGCCCCAAAUCUGUGGGAUUCUACAAGUCUUCUAGCCCCUUCUUAUCCUGAAGAGAUUGUCGUCCGUCCACCUUUAUUUCAGCAUUAUCAACCCCCUAUCCUCUUUUCAAGCCGAGCAGAAUCAACCUGGCAAACUCGAUUGAAAUCUUUUUGUACUAAAAGCGGGCCAAGGUCUCCCAGAUAUCAUGAACAGCUUUUCAGCUACGAAGGAACCGAUACUCUAGUUAGUGGAGUCACGAUCGGUGAUGAUACUUUCUCUAUUCCAAAGAACAGUCGUACCGAUGAAGAGGCCAGGGAGUACCUCGCCAGAAGGGUUUUAGUUGAUCAUUUUCAUCAAAAACCGGGGCAUGAUAGCCCGCUUAUGGUCUCGAAGACAGGUGCCAUGAGAGGUAUCAUGUCUUCUUAA